AUGAGACUUAACAUCUUGCUCCACCCUCAAUUACGCACGAAUCUACCCGAAUGCGCCCAGAGAGGCCUUCGGAGGAGCGUUUGGGUCCGAUUCAAGUCACAGAUCCCCCGGCCCUCUCAGAAGCAUCUGUCACCACUGCCGAAGAAAGAAACGGCUCCCGCUCCUCCGGUCAGGAGGACAGUUACACCUACAUCUGAAACGAGUACCUCGCCUAAAAUAAGCACGAGGACAGGACCACCGGAACGGAUAUUGGUAUACUAUGGAGGCACAGGCAGAGCUAUUUUCCUCGGUACUCUGCGUAUUACGACAGUGCUCCUCUUCGGUGCAGCUUGUCUGAUUGUUGCACCAGCAUGCGCUGUAGCAGACUAUCCAUGGUAUAGCGUUCCAGGCGUAAUCGCUGCCGGCGCUUUACCAAUGCUAUUCGUUUCAUAUACUUCAGCUCCUUAUGUGAAUUUCAUUCACCUGGCUUUGCCCGCCUUUGCCAGGAAGUCUCGAGAAGCGGCCAUUCAAUAUGGAAAAGAGCUGCCUCCAACUGCUAUGUUGUACCUCACCAGCAUGAGGUUCAACACCAUUCCACGACAGACAGCUGUGCGUCUAGGAGACCUUGUUCCAGCUCAUGAUCCUCUUCGCCCUAUUAGCUUCCGCAAUUUGAACCCUAUGCCGCAGCGGUGGUGGCAGGGGAGAGCUCCCACUGAAUUCUAUACGGGAGAACACUCCAAGCCUGGUCGACAAACGGCUGCUUUCUUCCCAGAGCUAUGGGAAAGUAUAUAUCGACAAAUUCAGGCAGCAAAGUCCUCAACUCGAUGA